AUGGCUGGACUCUUCACUGCUGGCAUACCUGGAGGGAGGCUGUGGCUGGUGGUUCUACCCCCAACCAGUCAGACAGCCAAUCUGCCAGUCAGCCAGCCAGCCAGCCAACUAGCCAGCCAGUCUGCCAGCCAGCCAGCCAGCCAGCCAGCCAGCCAACUCAGGGCUGCCAGGAAACACAGUGCAUUUAAUGAAGCAGAUCUGGGAACUCAGGUAUUUUUAGAAGCCACUUACAGUGAGAGGAAACACCUCUGAAUCUGUGAAAAAAAGUCUAGCCUGGUUUCUUUCAGAGUUUGCCUUUUCCCAUACUAAUGUGGGUUUAAGCCAGGGAGAAGGCAUGGCUGCUUUCUCCCUGCCAGAUAAAACCUUGAGUGCCAGAAUGCUUCCCAUGUUUGUGUUCGACCAUUAAUGUCAUCAUCAUCAUGCCUGAUCAGAAAAAAACAGACAGUAAAUUUGAUUUGCUCUUGCUGACAGUCUUAACAUGGCUUUACAUUCUUAUGUGAAUGGGUUUACCACAGAAAUGCAGUAUGCACUAUAUUCCCAUAGUUUAUUUCAUGAUACAUUUUGCUGGCUGUCAAGAAAGGAAGUUCACAAAACAGGCAUCUCAAUAAAACUCCUUGAUUUAAAGUGUUGAACAGUGGAGCAGAGUGGAGAUCAAAUGUCGUGCUGUUGUGAAUUUUAGCAGUGUCAUAGUGGGCAGGUUAGUCACACUGGGAGAUGACAGACGAGAAAACAAGAGCAAAAGGAGUGUUCCAUGCCAGUGAACACAAACUGUUUUUCACAAACACGCCAAUUCAUGACAGCCAGAACCACCGUGAGGAGUCCUUAGAUGAACUUGGAGAGUUUUCUGAAUUAAUAAGGGAGACUGCUGAAACCACUGUUUGGCCUAAAAAUAAGAUCCAGAGGCGUCCUCUGUCUGUCUGUGUCUAUCUGGGGAUGAACUGAGAGACUGGGCUGGGAGACUGGGGUGAGAGACUGGGCUGGGAGACUGGGGUGAGAGACUGGGCUGGGAGACUGGGCUGGGAGACUGGGCUGGGAGACUGGGCUGGGAGACUGGGCUGGGAGACUGGGCUGGGAGACUGGGCUGGGAGACUGGGCUGGGAGACUGGGAUGAGAGACUGGGAUGAGAGACUGGGAUGAGAGACUAGGAUGAGAGACUGGGAUGAGAGAGGGCUGGGAGACUGGAAUGAGAAACUGGGCUGCCUCAUCUGUGAAGCCCACGACCUCACACAACCACUAUGAUUAGACAACACAUUUAGGAUUGAGGAAGGGUCCCGGUCAAAGAUAUGAGAUUUUUUCACUAUCUGUCUCCCUGUAUAUACUGUACUUGUGUAAGACUCAGUACUGAUAGUUGAUAAAGAUGAGAUAUGUGUCCACUCCCUGAUUCCUAAAAGCAUUUUGAUAUUACAGAAAUCCUGAACAAAAGUACAACAACAAUAUUUACAAAUCUUUAUGACAGAAGACCAUGUCUGUGGCUCCUUAUUGUAGCUGCUAGAGAAUAGGCCUAUGCUCAAAAUGCUUUCCACUAAAUGGUGUCUCACACACAUCUCUGAUAGGAAAAUAGAUUUCUAUAUAAUAAUGUAGUGCAUAUGUAUAAGUACAUAUAAACAACACAACAACAACAUCAAUAACAACAGCAGCUGCAGUGGGCUGAGGCCGUAGGGUGGAAGGAAGGGUGUGUGUUGUUGUGACUGAACGCGGGUGAUGGGAAAUGCCAUGCAUGCCUGAACACAUAGACCAGCACAUACCUCAGUGAAAAACACAGUGCUGGUCCUUGGUGUGCAUGGGAGUGGAAGAGACCCAAACACACUGGGCUGGGAGGAAUGAGUUCACGUACACCUAUUUGUGCAAAACACUAAAGAUAAAUGUUUUAUGCUUACUUAAGGCAGCAGUCUGCAUGAGAAAACUAGAUAUGGCAUGAUUGUAGAUGCUACAGAGUUUGACCAUGAAAAAUACUGUUUAAAGCAAAACAUGUACAGUAACUCCAUAAACGUGCAGGGGAUGUUGUGUCUCUAAGUGUACAAAACAUCUGAUUAAAUCGUCCCAUUUAAAAUAGUCCUUGAAAACUAUUUGCUGUAACAGCAACAGUAGUAUUGGAUUUGGUGGUGCGGUUUCCCUUUUGGCUGUGCUAGUGUAGGAAGCAUCCUCUCCCUGGCUCUCUGUGCUGAUGUGGUUUAAACAAGUGUCUAGAGUGAUCCGAUGGGGGUUCCAGGGGAGAAUCGGGUUGCCGGAUGAGGAUGUGGCCUGAUGGAGCUGGGGGUCGGGGGGACUCAGGCUGCAGGAGCUACACAGGUCUGGUGGGGGGCGGCUGAGCCAGACGGAUGCAGACUGCUGCUCCUGCUCUUGGCUCUGCUGGUAAUCUGAGACACAGAGCUUUGACUGUAUACAAAAUGAGGGGCUACUGUACCUGACUGCUGGGACCAGCAUUGAGCUCACUAGUUUCAAGCUCCAUAGAUAGUCUUGGUGUGUAGGCUGGAAAAUGCAAUAAAUGGAUGCUUGUGCAGAUUACUUGAACCAUUAAUGAAUCUAUGUUAAUAGGGCAAGGAAGGAGAUAACCAAUCUGAUCGAACAUAAAUAAUAAUAAUAAUAUGCCAUUUAGCAGACGCUUUUAUCCAAAGCGACUUACAGUCAUGCGUGCAUACAUUUUUUUUUUUUGUGUGUAUGGGUGGUCCCGGGGAUCGAACCCACUACCUUGGCGUUACAAGCGCCGUGCUCUACCAGCUGAGCUACAGAGGACCACAUAUGGUACAUUUGAUUUGCCACAGAUGUAGGUUUGUUUCCAGGUCAGAUGAAAUACAAAAGAUAUUGGUUUUGUUGCAGCGAAAGCCAAAUAACAUCCUCUACAACAAAGGGGACUGGCCUAGUGGGUUUAGGAGAGUAAUAUUGUAUUGUAUCGUAUCAAACAACAUAUUUUCAGGUUUUUCCUGAAGGUAUAAAGACACUGCAUGCUGAAAAGGGCAUGUUUAAUCACCAUGGUUACAGCUCCCCCUCCCACUCCCCUCACCAGAGAGGACUUGUUUACCAUCUCUACUCCAGACUCAAUAACAUGUCAAUCAUCCAGAACCGCCCCUGCAAGCCUGCUAUUGGUCCACAAGAAAUCUCUCCAAGUUACACCCCUCAAACUCCUCCCCCGUUAAUAAUGAAUGAUUUCCCAACAGUCUGUCCUGCAUCCUUUUCAUGACACUGUGCAAAGUGGAUAUUUAUUAUAAUAAAAAAUAUGUCGAAUAAUACUAAUACUUAUACUCAUAUUAAUAAUAAUAAUAAUCCAAUGUGUAUUAUAAUAACUGUUAUUUUUGUUAUUACUACAGUAUUAUUAUUCUUUUUUAAAGUUUUUAUUUCUGUUUCUAGAGGUCAUCUAAAUUGGCCUUGAAAAGCACAGAUCAAUUGAAAUAGAAAUAGAAAAGAUAUAGGAUCACCUCACAUUUUGCCAUCUUCGUGGCUUUAAAUUACAUUCCUCUGAAUCUGUAUCCAGUUCGAUUAUUUUACCUUCACCUUAGGACUUUGUGAGAUAGCAAAUACAGCAGUGGAGGUAUGCACAUAGAAUAGACUACUAUUCUACUGCAGCAUCGUUGCGUGCGGGCUGCAAAUGCGUCACUAGUCUCCCCAGAUGUAAACACUGUAGUAGUCGACGACGCAAGCACCCUGGCUAGAGCGACAUGCCACGCAUUCAAAUAACCCAGAGGAGGAUUGGUGCAUAAUGCUCUCUGCAAGGAUCAGUCUUGUAAGAAAAAAUUGAAAUUAUGUGAUACAAUAUUAGGAUUAUAAAUGUCAAACAGAGAAAUGUUCUCCCAAUCAACGAAGCAUCCUGUGGGAGAAAAACAGGCAUCAAUUGAAACCUCACCAUCUCCUUAUCAGAUCGGAAUGGAGCAGAGCAUUUUGUGACAGACAGACAGGGUGAGAGAGAGAGAGAGGGGAGGGGGCCGUUGGGCCGGCGGUCGGGACUCAUGAUGUUCCCAUAGGCUACUAAACCCAAGAUCGCAGAUUCGCAACAGCUCCCAAUCGCAUGUCCCCCGCCAGCCAAGCAUUGCGAGGACUCUCGAUGCAAGGAUCUGACGCUUUCUCUCUGAUGCAGAUGCUGCGUGUCAGCAAACCUCCAUUUGUCUCAGAUCACUUAUCUGCAUCCUGGCCAUGCAGUCACAUUCCUGCAGCAAAACAAGCAUUCUAAUCCUUCUGCUACAUCCAUAGCCCACUACAACAUAUCCAGGAUUUAUGAUAUACAGUAUUUGAGUCAAGUCAUAACAAGCUUUCAUAUUUCUUCAUAGUCUCUUGAAGUGUGUUAUUGUGUGUUGGUGCAGAGGACAAAGGGAUUUACAUUCUACUCCUUGAUUACUGAGCUGCUAGAGAUUCUUUGUGUACUCCACUGACUUCAGACCAGAGGCAACAACAUAUCACAGGAAAAACAUCCAAGUGGGUCAAUGGGCUUUUAAACAGCAUGUAGGUUUACAGCACUGUUUUGACUGUAGUUCUUCGUUCAUUCUCCGUUUAUUGAGGGUACAGGAAUGUGUGGAUGUCUCUGUGGGGAGCCGACUCUCUGUCGCUCUCUCUGUGUUCAUUGUGUUGUUUACUACAGAGGAGAUGGACCGUGCCGCUCCUCACAUUGCAGUGAUUUUGCUGUGUGCAGCGGGAGCAGGCUGGGAAGCUGCAGUGUCUAUGGCAUCUGACCUGUCGGUUUUCUCUGGGUGGAAGAGAAGGGAGGGAGAGAUAGGAGGGAGGGAGGGAGGGAGGGAGGGAGGGAGAGAGAGGAGAGAGGGAGGGAGAGGAAGAAGGGAGGGAGGGAGAGGAGGGAUUGUGCAGAAAUGAGAGUUGGGUACAUAACCCACUCCCCAACCCUCUGGAUCACUGUAGCAGGAGUGUGUUGUCAGCUGUACGAAGCCUCUCUCCUCUACUGACAGUCACACAUGACUGGGCACAACCACAACAUACCGCUAUCUUAGCUUUCUCAAUGGGGCCAUACAAUCUUAUCGGAGCCCAGUGUUUGGCAUUGAUUAUUCCAGUAUCAUAAUCAACUCUUGAGUUACUAAUUUAAAGAUAACUGUAAGUGCACUAUUUACACUGUAUCUAUUUACAUUUUAUCCUCAAUUCAUUGAUAUAUAUGUAAAUUGUGAUUAAUAGCCUAUUGAUACAAUACUGUGCAAUAUAGACCAUUACUUCCUGAUAAGGACUAUUGGGCCUAACUAACUAAACUGAUGAGACAUACUCGCUGACCAGUCCUGCAUUUCUUGUUAGGUAAUCUGGUGGUCCCUUCCCUUUCCUCUGAAGCAGUGGAAACCCACGAUGCCAUGCAUAGCUGUGUGUAGAGCAGAGCAGCGUGGAAAUAGGCUGGCUGCACUUGGAGCGUUUAUAGAGACCACAUUUUGUUUGGUCACACAGGGAAAUUGGCUUGACUUAUAUGGAUUGUGAGGCAGCAGCUACCCCUUCUUCUUCCCAGCGAAAGGUAUACAUGUUUGGAAUUUCUCUUCAUUGAGGGAUCUGUUCAAAUGAGGCGGAACCUCUCCCAACGAGGCCCCUUUGAGCUUGUCUGGGCUGCCCCCUUUUGGUGGAAUUCCAAGAAAUUAAUGGCUUCCAGUUUUUUUCUCCCUCUCUCUGCUUUUCUCUCUCUGCUCACCUCCGUCAACUCCUAGAUCAAUGCAUAGUAUGUGUUGGCAUUGGAUAGGCUAGUUAAAAUAAUGCUUUUGUCUUCUUGGACUAGGUCCAGAAUGGCUAGGUUUUUAUGGAGCAUUGAGACAGAGCCUGGUUAGAGAGUUGGAAUUGGUACAAGGAACUGUCCAUCUAUAUAUAACUCAUAAACAGGCCAUAUGGCUAUUUAAGGAAGUGCAGUUCUCAUUUACCACCCAUACUCAUUCCACCAUAACAAUCCUGUGUUAGGGUUUAUAAAAGGUUUCUCCUCAUUCACUCCUGUGUGUUAAAGGUGAGGAACGGAUCAGUAAUAAACCAAUUAUUAUAUAAUGGAUGGCAAUAAAUAGAGUGAUUAGCCUAAGUCUUGGCUAAAGAUAUCAGCAGAAUUAAGAAGGAUCAUGCCUGUGUUCUUUUGACCAAAUAGCUGAACAUUUUUGUUUUUUUCUGUUGAAAAAAACAAGCAUUUUUCUGUUGGUUACAAAACUCUAAUGGAAUGUUUGUUGACGUAUUUCACCUCUUGUAUGUUCAGCUUGUGAUUUUACCAAAUGUGAGAAAGAAUCUCAACUAUUUGAGAAAUGGUUAAGAGUGGGAAUGAUGAGAGUCUCCUAGGCUAGUUGGUACUGUGGGAGUAUGAUGUGUUUGCUCUGCAGCAUUGCUGUAGUGCAUUGUCACAUUCUUCUUCACUUACACAGAUGUUUGGUAAAGCAGCAUGAAAUAUUCAUGUUGAGAUUAGCUUAGCAGCCCAACUCCCUCUCGCCCCUGGUUCACAAAGCACCGCUGAUCUUCUGACACUAAACAGAUCUUACACAAGCAAACACACGUCUUUGGAAGAAACACCCCUACUAUACACACACUCUCUCUCUUUCAUUUUCUUGUUCUCUCUCUGCACCACACCCAGUAUACACCUAAUAUGGAGGAGGCUGGUGGGAGGAGCUAUAGGAGGACGGGCUCAUUGUAAUGGCGGGAGUGGAAUCAAUGGAACGGAGUCAAACAUGUGGUUUCCAUAUGUUUGAUGUGUUUGAUACCAUUCCAUUUAUUCCAUUCCAGCCAUUUCAAUGAGCCCAUCCUCCGAUAGGUCCUCCCACCUGCCUCCUCUGUCCUAAUACAAUAAUAAUUCUAUAUGUUUGUAUGCACAUUAAUUAUCCUGAUAAACACACAAUGGGUGGAUUUCCUUAGUUGUUUGGAGGCUAUAUAGGCCUGAACAGACAGAAUGAUGGAGACGUGUUGUGUGUGUGUGUGUGUUUGGUUGUGCCCCCCCCCAGCCUGCAGGGCUCGGCACCAAGAGGCCGUUGCCUAGGAAUCAGGAGUGUCAUCGUGUCGCUCGGUGGCCUUCUCAGUUGGAGUUAGUCUUUUACUAGAUAGAUCCUCUUCAGACAGGGGACAAUCAUUUGCAAAAAGCACUAGGUCACCAAGAGCUCCUCCACAUCCAUUCACUUGAGUCCAUACCCAGGCCUGUCUCUGUGUAGUAGACUUCCCUUGGCCUCCAGAUUAGAGCUCCUGUCAUUGAGUUACCAUGGGGACAUGCUGCCUCACCUUCUCUCAUGCAUAACUGGGGCCGCUGAUAAAGUAUUUUUCCCUUUCCUGUCCAAACUCAGGUGGCCUUUGAUACAUUAGACAGAAGUACUGAGUUUCCUCACUAGACAGAAUCACCUCACCUCCUCUUCCCCUGCCGGGGACAACAUCACCAAAUAAUAAAUAAGGAUUAUAAUACGCAUAAUAACUAUGGGUUAAUACUACUUAGGUCUAAACAUCUAACAGCAUAGGCCUAAUACCUGGGCGGAUAUUCAGAGCUGAUUACAGGCAGAUUAAAUCUAUAGUCUUGUGCUUAUAGAGUUCAUAGUGCAGCAACUCCAAAUGAACUGUUUGGAGCCUGUCUUUCCCACCAAAGUCAGUGUAUUUCUCAACCAGAGGUAAUGCUGGUGUUAUUGAUACCACAUUUCUCUGUGGUUUAGUCCCUUUGCUAUCCUCAGUAAACACUGACAAUUGUUAUUCAUGACGCUAAAAGCUUAAUUUGAAACAUGCCAGUGUUCUCCACAUAAUUGUUUUACUGUUGAUUUUCUCACGGUCUUGAAGGAAGUUCAUAUGUCUUGGAAGCUACUCUAGGAGUUCUGAUUUCUGUAAGUGACGUCAUUUUUGUCCCAUUUUUGGCACAUUAUUGGUAAACCAAUAAAAUUCAUCAAUGUUGUUUCUCAAGCAAUUGACUGAAAAUUAUCUAUUAGCUGAGGGUUUUCUUUGGAGUUUUUUGCUCUUGCCUUGGGUGGUAGCUGCUUUAAUAAAAUCUAUACUUGAAUAAAGGGAUGCACUGUAAUCUGGUAAGGGUGCACUGUCCACCAGAAGGUUCUUGUCAGUGGGACCUGGUCCAGGUCUGCUCCCCUACUGCCAUGUAGAUGUAGUAUCAGAGAAGCUCAGUAGCUCAGUCUGAUUGGAGCCCUCCCCUGCUCCUGGAGUCAACGGCAAUCCAUCUACUGGCGAUACAACUGCUUUAUUUCUCCCCCCCUCUCUCUUUCCCCUCCCUUGAAUUCCGUUAAUAGUCCCAAAGAGCAAUAAUAUUUAUCUGUAGUGGGGCCAGCUCUGCAGUUUACUAACAAGGCUGGCAUAGAGCAGCGUGGGGCCCUGCACAAACAUUCGACGCCCUGACGGCACACCGCUUCCUCUCUGAGAGCAUUCUACAGCUCCCCAGCUCUGCUCAGCGAUUACCAUUUUACAGCCCACUAAUCCUAAAGCCUGCCUCUCCUCGACCUCCAACGAGCACAGUACAGGCUAGGCACGCACACACACACACACACACACACACACACACACACACACACACCGUCCAGCUUAAUCAGAGUCUCGUCAUGCCACCUAUCCUCACUCCUGUCCUCAGAACUUGAUAUAGGUCUAAUAAUAGUUAACCCAUUUAACCCUUUUUCCUCUCCAGGGAAAUAAGCUCAUAAAUGUAUUCCAGUCUAAAAGCCUUUUAAUUUAUUGUAAUUCAACACUGUAUAUGAGCUAAUUAGAGUGAGCUGUGCUUUAUCUGUUAGCUGCAUUAGUGUGUUUCCUCUCUGACCCUGUCAUCCAGACCUACAGUAAUAUGGUGACUGUUUACUCUGACCUAGUCUUGACAUCUCACUAACCUGUUUCUUUCUGUCUGUUUCACCCAGUGUGCCCAGAGAAGAAGUGUGAGCGGAGGGCAUGUACGGACGGUGGUGAGUGUUGCCAUGCCCAGUGCCUGGGAAGCUGUACGGAGCCGGACGACGACAUGGCCUGCGCAGCCUGCCUGCACUACUACCACGAGGGCCGCUGCGUGCAGGACUGCCCCCCAGACACUUACAAGUUUGAGGGCUGGCGCUGCAUUACCAUGGACCUGUGUGCCCAUGUGCACCUGCCCAGUGACUUUGACUUUGUCAUCCACGGAGGGGAGUGCAUGCCUGAGUGUCCAUCAGGCUUCACACGCAAUGAGAGCAAUAGGUAAGAGAGCAGAGAUCACACUUCACCUCAAGGGCUCCCCAGUAUCAGGCAUGGUUCUGGUUAUGGGUUGUCUACAGUAUUAUAUAGAGUACUAUUAUGAUUUCACUCCAGUCAUUGUUACUGUAUACAGUCCUCUGACAUAUUGAUUGUGGGGUGUCUUUCUGGCCGUGUGCGUUUUGUUGCAUUAUGAAUCUGCGUGCAGAGGUCUUCUGAAUAAUUCACCUCUAUCUGAACACCUCCCCCACCUGGUCCUUUCAGAGAUAACAUUCUUAAAAAACAAAAAAAACUUGUUUAUUGUCACAUACACCGGAUAUGUGCAGUGAAAUGUGUUGUUUUACAGGGUCAGACAUAGUAGUAUGGCGCCCCUGGAGCAAAUUAGGGUUAAGUGCCUUGCUCAAGGGUACAUCGUUAGAUUGUUCACCUUGUUGGCUCGGGUAUUCGAACCAGCGACCUUUCAGUUACUGGCCCAAUGCUUUAACCCACAUGUGUCAAACUCAUUCCACAGAGGGCCAAGUGUCUGCAGGUUUUUGCUUCACCCUUGUACUUGAUUGAUGAAUUAAGGUCACUAAUUAGUAAGGAACUCCCCUCACCUGGUUGUCUAGGUUUUAAUUGAAAGGAAAAACCAAAAACAGAGGUAGACAUUCGGCCCUGCUCUAACCGCUGGGCUUCCUGUCAAAAGAGAAGCUUCAGAGCUAAAAAUGCUUCAGGCAGAAAGUAAUGUUCGGUCAUGAUUGAUUGAAGCCUGUGGACUUUCCAGGUAAUUCAGAAUCAGAGGAAGAUGCUCACCUCAGUACCCAGUACACAAGACUCAUCCAUUGGUGAAUUUCCGUAAAUUACAGCCGGGCCUGUACGGUGUAGUCAUACUGUAGCAAGCAUAAAUGUAAACAUCAGAUACAAAAGGGACUUUAUGAACAUUGCUUGAAUGCGUUCAGGAGUGAUUCAUCAUAGCAGUGCUAUAACUCAGAACAUUUCCCCUGUAUGACAUUUCCCGUUUGACAUUAAGUUAGAAUAAGAGAAUGUCUUUGUUAAUGACUCAGGGUAACUUAUCUCCGUAUUUUCAUUUUUCAAACUUUCCAUGUUGAGUCUUUGUUGCAGGUUUCAUCAUAUCUUUGCAGGUUGACAUUUAUUGUCAUGAGUCUUGACCCGGAGGCAGCACUGAGCGAUUUCCCCUUAGAUAGGCCAGCUGUAAAGUCAAAAUUGGCUAUAUUGUAAAAAUUAGCUUUUUGGUUUUAAUUUAAGGUUAGGGUUUGGCAUUAGAGUUAGCAGUGUGGUUAAAGUUAAGGUUAAGGUUAGUGUUAGGUUUAAAUCAGAUUUUAUUACAUUGUGGCUGUGCCAGCUAGUGACAGCUCUGAAUAGCUGCCUCCAGAACAAGAUUCAUGAUGAAAAACUUUAACCUGCUAUAUUUUUUACCAUAUCAGUCUUGUUUUGUCUUUAGGGCCGUUUAGUGAGUCACUCUCUCACGAAACCAAUGGUUCACGAGGACCCAUAGAAAUUACAUAGUUCACAAAUAAAGUGUCCUUGUACUUUAAAAAGCAAAAUUUGACAAAUUUUUACUUCUGGAAGUUUGGGAUUUUUUGGGUGAGUUUGGGUGAGGCGUCUUAAUUAAGUUUCUUGGAAAUAGUCUUAUUUUGUAGUUUUAUUUAAGUAAAGGUCAUUUCUUGACUGUUUUCCCUUUUCUCUCCCCCUCCUUUCUCUUCCUCAAUCACAGUAUGUUCUGCAGUGCCUGUGAUGGCUUGUGUGAUAAGAUCUGCGACUCCAAGACCAUCGACUCAGUAGAUGCUGCUCAGUCUCUAAUGGGCUGCACAGUCAUCAAAGGCAACCUGCACAUCAACAUCCGCCGUGGCAGUGAGUACCAGUACCAGUAACCAGGACCACUCAGUCUGUCUGUCUCCCCAGAGACCGGGAAGGGAACACGGAGCACGGGCCGCUGGGAGAGCUAGUGUGGGCCACAGAGUCAACAUUACAUCAGCUGCCUGCUCUGUGCCCCAAACCAAUUAUCACAUUAUGCUAUUAUGCUAUUUAUUUGCUCAGUUGACAGGGUGACUUACAGCUUAUCUUUAGAUAUGAAAACGUUUGUACAACUCUGGAUUUGCUGGGGCCGGGGUAAUUCUCCUCUAGAGCAUUGAGUAUAGUCAUACAGUAAGUAUAGUAUAGUCAUACAGUAUAGUAUAGUCAUACAGUAUAGCAGUACAGUUGCCUGUGGGAUUUGAUGUGUUCAGAGCUGUGGUUCUCACACACUGGCUGUUGUGUCUGACUAGUGUUUGCUGACUCUCUCCUCUCCCCAGAUAACAUCGCCUCAGAGCUAGAGAGCUUCAUGGGGCUGAUCCAGACAGUGACAGGCUAUGUGAGGAUCAGCCACUCCCACACGCUAGGCUCGCUCUCCUUCCUCAAGAGCCUGCGCUACAUCAACGGGGAGGAGCUCAUGGACGGGUACGGCAGGCUGCUCUCUGCUCUCUGAGUCUGAGAUGUGUUUGGGGACGUGUCAGCCUUGAACCACAGCCUAGAGAGGAAAGAUGUUGUCACUCCAAUAUCAGUGGGGUUCAGCCAUAUGUUCUACCAGGAAAAAUGACACAUGGAUGAUUUAAAUGGAUUUUUGGAAUCCUUCUCAUGUCAGAUGUAUCCCAGCAGGUUUUGAAUGCCUCAUUCAUUAUUUCUAUAUGAGUAGAUAAAGUAAGGCUACCAGCCAUAACAUUUACAGUACAAAGGAAUUCACACUAAACCACCAUAACAUGGCACCUCUCCCAGUUAUAUAAUGAAAAGGUGGAUGAGCUAUCCCACUGGGCACACCAUGUCAUUUCAACUUGGAUAAUUGGGUAUUAUUUGGUUGAGACGUUGAUCAAUGAGAUUACAACCUACAGUAUAUUCACCCACUCAAAAAGACAGCCAAAAGUUUGUUGAAUUUCAAUGUGUUAUCACUAUGCUUUCAACCUUAUAAAAACACAACCAAAUUCCAAUGGAAAAACAAAGCCUGAGUUUUGAUUUAGUUGUCACCCAAAUGUCUAUCACUGCGCUUCCAACGAUUUAAAGCACAGCAAAUUCCAAUGGGAAUACAAUGUUUUGUUUAUUUAUACAACAGAUUAAUAUCACUGUGCUUCAUCUAAUAGCAGAACCAAAAGACCUUGAUUGCAGUUGAGAUUACAUUAAAAACACAUGGUGCAAGUGAUCAAUGCCGUUCACCAUUCUGCGCAGAAUAUUACAGCGAUUGUGCAUGCUAUCUUGAACAUGCACGCAGUCACUUUAUAUGAUUACAUAAGAAAUGUAUAGUUACAGUAACCUCAAAAUGUGGCCAUUGGUGUGUUACUCGUUUUAAGGUUGAAUGUUACAUUCGUUUUUAAGAUAGCCUUAACUUUAGGAUAUUUACUGUAUUACAAAAGUAAUAUUGGAUUGUGUUUGGUUGUCAAUGCAACAAAAUAUCAACAUUAGAAGGAUAUCUAUCUUCUGCGUGGAUAGUUCCAUCUGUGCCACUGAUUUAGUCUGGCUUUAAGGAUAAUAAAAUGUUUUAUGUAAAUGGCAUGUUAUAGAAGGUUCCAGACAUAAUUUUUUUGUGAUUUCACUUGUUUUUGAGAAACUUACCCCAACCAGCGAUUCACUUCCUCAUUCUCAUUGUGCAGUAAGGGGGCUCUGAAAAAACAUGAACAAACAUAAAGGCUCUCAGUAUAGUGAUGCAGGUCUUUAGAUGUUGUACACAUGAAAUUGCGUCAUUCAAAACUUUAUCCGCAACGUUAUAUUCCAUUUUGUUGCGACUCGAGCGAUACCUCUCCGUCCAUUCUAGCAGCAAGCUACACGGAGAAUGGAACAGCUGGAUAGGGAAAACAGCUUGAGUCGCACAAAAUGUAAUAUGACGUUGAGGAUAAAGUUCGGAAUGACACAAUUUCAUGUGUACAACGUCUAAAGACUUGCAUCACUAUACUCAGAGCGUUUCAGUGUCUAAAAGGACGUAUUUGGGUGUUUUUUUUAGAGCACCCGUAAUGCACAACGAGGAUGAGGAAGUGAAUCGCUGGUUUCUCAAAAACAAGUGAAAGACGCAAAACAAGUGUCUGGACUCUGGACCCUUCUAUAACAUGCCAUUUACAUCAGAAAUAGAGAUUUGGUUCUUAAAAAACAAACUUCUCCUUUAAUUCCAGUUUGUCGCCCAAUUAAUAAUUGAUAUGUUAGAUUCACGUCUUCAUCUCAUCUCAGUUAAAGAAUAGGACUAAAUAAAAUAAAAUAAAACUUCAAAUGCACUUUAAAUAACACUUUAUUUGAUAUAGUCUUAUUCUUUAACUUAUAUUUUUGGUUGAAAUGGAGAUGUGAAUCCAACAUAUCAAUUAUUAAAUUGUAGAUACACUGGAAUUAAGGAGAGACAACCAAACACAAUUCAAUAUCACCAAAUAUCAUUACAUUCUAAAUCAACCGGAGCUUGAAACCCUAGGCCUAUUGUAUUGUCUAUUGUUAGUUGAAUUCUGGGUUAAAUUUAAACAAUAGCUGUUGAUGACUUUGGAAAUGCUAUAUAGGCCUAAAUACUGUAGCAUCAUUGAUGAUAUAUGAGUGAUUUAUUUGCUCUCUUAAACCUACCCUUUGGAAUGACUUCGAUAGCAAUAGUGAAUCUAUUUAGUUUUUAAGUGGAGAUCUCUCAACAGUUAUUCUCACGAUAGCACAUUGGUAAUAGUCAGUGACAAAUAUAAUAGCUAAGUAGGGCUGGGCUUGGUUAAAACCCUGAAUGGAAGACCAAAGGGUAACUGCAGAUAGAUCAAUUCUCCAGUAGGAGGUGCUGUUCAGGCUAUAGUUUUUUUUUCUGAUAGUGCAUAUAACAAUGAAGCUCUGACGUUGUCUAUUUUGAAACUUGGUUACCAUGAUGACAUAAUCCUGUGAUUUAAAUUUCACCCAGCAGUUGAUUACUUUUUUUAAAUCCAAUGUAUUUUCCACGUAGAUUUCACAUCACAAUACGCUGACUAAUUACAUUGAAACAACGUUGAUUCAACCAAUUUGUUCCCAGUGGGCUCUAUCUGAAUGGAAACUCUCAGGUCUCCCAGCCUAUUCUGGCAGUAGCAUGACAUCACCAGGGGCCUAUCCCCUGUCAGAGAUAGGGAGAGUGUUUCUGGAGAUGACCAGGAGGGUCAUGGGAAAGCCUCUGAGGUCUCUUGUUGUCAUCCCUCCCAAGCUAGAGUUACAGCGGGAGGAAUGCUCUAGAGAAGGGCUGGCAUUCCGCUCGUUCCCGAGGUAUUCCAUGGAGCUGAGAGGCUCUGAGUCGCCCUGUUUCAUCUCUGGCCCUCUAUGUGUGCACGGCUCAGUGUUAGACAGACACACCCACACACACUGACACACAAUCCGCUCUGACGUCGUCUCCUCUUAACACUUUACACAUCCACCAGAUGGAAAACUAGGCCAACCACUCCACAACAUUUUGAUGACUUUAUCCUCAGUGCUGUAUUGUGUUUUUAAAGUAAAUAAAUUGAUUGAUUAAAAAGUGGUUUGUCCCAUCUAUGCAAUCACAGCUGCUAGGUGUGUUAGUAAGUUAACACCUGUCUGUUUUGUUUUCCCUUCAGGAUGUACGCUUUUUCUGCCAUUGACAACCAGCGCCUGCAGUAUCUGUGGGACUGGACCCAACACAAUCUGACCAUCAGGGCUGGGAGGCUGUCUUUCCGCUUCAACCCCAAACUCUGCUUGUCUGAGAUCCACAAUAUGUGGGAGAAGACAGACAUCACUGAGAAGUUUGAGGAGGGCGAUUUCCGCAACAAUGGAGACAGAGCAAGCUGUGAGUACACCUAUGUGAUUUAAUAAGAAGCAUUAAUCUAAUGCAAUACUCUGUUAUCACAACUAAGUUUCCUGUAUGUGUUGUGAGGAGAUUAUCUAAGACAGGGGUUCCCAAACUUUUUCACUCAGGCCCCCUUCCAGCAUUGGGGAACAUCCCACACCCCCCCUGUGCGCCCACGCCAUGUCUAUUUCUAUGGGUACAAGCACUGUUCAUGACACAAACUGUUCACCCCCUCUUGUUGGAGGAGAGAACAUUUUGCAGGUUUAAAGCUUAUUUCCUGCCACUCUACACAUUUUGUCAUGGGGUGUAGAGAAAAUCUAGCAAUUUUAAAGCUAAUUUUCUUGCAAUUCUAUACAUUUUGCCAUGUCUAAUGUUUAUUCAUGUGAUAUUUGAGUGACUCGAACAUUACUACACAAUCUGUGGGCUAAAAAACCUAGCCAAAAAAAGUUAUCUGACAUGGGCUAGUUGAUCUGGACAUUUCUGACAAGUUAUAGACAGCUCUCUAAAGUAUGCGAUGACUAACAUGACAAGAGGAAAACUGAUGAUGCACUACCCAAUUUUUAAAUUGCUUCUUGUGCAUUCUACUAUUAGCUACAACUUUCAAGAGUAAUUUGAAAGCCGGACUGAGUUGAAAGCCGGGGUGUCCCCCCGCCACACCAGUUAUUGAUCUAAGAUGUGGUUUGUGUUUGUAGGUGAGAGUCACAUCCUGAAGUUCAAGUCCAACAGCACGAUGAGUAACCGGAUCAAGCUGACUUGGGAGCGCUACCGACCACCAGACUACAGAGACCUCAUCAGCUUCAUCGUCUACUACAAGGAGGCGUAAGUACUCUCACCAGAGAUAUUCCAUUCCCUGUUGUACUGCAUAGAGCUUUUAUACUUGUAGACAGGACUUUAUCUGCUAUGUUUAUGGAUUCAGAGUUGCUGUGCAUACUAAAUUGACAUAAGGUGUCUUAUCCAUGCAAUCCAGACCGCACCAGAACAUCACAGAGUUUGAUGGCCAGGACGGGUGUGGCUCCAACAGUUGGAACAUGGUUGACGUGGACCUACCGCAGGACAAAGAGAUAGACCCUGGUGUGCUGCUGUCCCCACUGAAGCCCUGGACCCAGUAUGCCAUCUUUGUCAAGGCCAUCACCCUGGUGGUGGAGGACAAACACAUCCCGGGAGCCAAGAGUGACGUGGUCUAUAUACGCACCAGCCCCUCAGGUAAGACACUGUACAGCUACUGUACACAGACUAGAAUACAGUACAGCUACUGUACACAGACUAGACUACAGUACAGCUACUGUACACAGACUAGACUACAGUACAGCUACUGUACACAGACUAGAAUACAGUACAGCUACUGUACACAGACUAGAAUACAGUACAGCUACUGUACACAGACUAGAAUACAGUACAGCUACUGUACACAGACUAGACUACAGUACAGUUACUGUACACAGACUAGAAUACAGUACAGCUACUGUACACAGACUAGAAUACAGUACAGCUACUGUACACAGACUAGAAUACAGUACAGCUACUGUACACAGACUAGAAUACAGUAUAGCUACUGUACACAGACUAGACUACAGUAAAGCUACUGUACACAGACUAGAAUACAGUACAGCUACUGUACACAGACUAGAAUACAGUACAGCUACUGUACACAGACUAGACUACAGUAAAGCUACUGUACACAGACUAGACUACAGUAAAUCUACUGUACACAGACUAGAAUACAGUAAAGCUACUGUACACAGACUAGACUACAGUAAAGCUACUGUACACAGACUAGAAUACAGUAAGACUACUGUACACAGACUAGACUACAGUAAAGCUACUGUACACAGACUAGACUACAGUAAAGCUACUGUACACAGACUAGACUACAGUAAAGCUACUGUACACAGACUAGACUACAGUAAAGCUACUGUACACAGACUAGACUACAGUAAAGCUACUGUACACAGACUAGACUACAGUAAAGCUACUGUACACAGACUAGACUACAGUAAAGCUACUGUACACAGCAGCAGGUCGCCUCAGCCAUGGACAUGUUUUCACCCAAGAUAAACUGAAACACUUCUUAUCAGAACUUUCAAUAAGGAAAGGUAUCACUCUUAUUUUAAGCUUCAUGAAAACAACACAUUUAAAACUUUAUACACUGAACAAAAAUAUAAACGCAACAUGUAAAGUUUUGGUCCCAUGUUUCAUGAGCUGAAAUAAAAUAUCCCUGAAAUGUUCCAUAUGCACAAAAAGCUUAUUUCUUUCAAAUGUUGUGCACAAAUUUGUUUACAUCCCUGUUAGUGAGUAUUUCUCCUUUGCCAAGAUAAUCCAUUAAACUGACAGGUGUGGUAUAUCAAGAAGCUGAUUAAACAGCAUGAUCAUUACACAGGUGCAUCUUGUGCUGGGGACAAUAAAAGGACACUCUAAAAUGUGCAGUUUUGUCACAACACAAUGCCACAGAUGUCUCAAGUUUUGAGGGAGCGUGCAAUUGGCAUGUUGACUGCAGGAAUGUCCACCAGAGCUGUUGCCAGAGAAUGUAAUGUUAAUUUCUCUACCAUAAGCCACAAUCAACAGCCUGAUCAACUCUAUAUGAAGGAGAUGUGUCGCGCUGCAUGAGGCAAAUGGUGGUCGCACCAGAUACUGACUGGUUUUCUGAUUCACGCCCACCCCCUACCUUUUAAAAAAACCAUAGAUUAGGGCCUAAUCAAUUCAUUUCAAUUUACUGAUUUCCUUAUAUGAACUUUAACUCAGUAAAAUCUUUGAAAUUGUUGCAUGUUACGUUUUUAUUUUUGUUCAGAGUAGUAAAUACAGUGAGGGAAAAAAGUAUUUGAUCACCUGCUAAUUUUGUACAUUUGCCCACUGACAAAGAAAUGAUCAGUCUAUAAUUUUAAUGGUAGAUUUAUUUGAACAGUGAGAGACAGAAUAACAACAAAAAAAUCCAGAAAAACUCAUGUCAAAAAUGUUAUAAAUUGAUUUGCAUUUUAAUGAGGGAAAUAAGUAUUUGACCCCCUCUCAAUCAGAAAGAUUUCUGGCUCCCAGGUGUCUUUUAUACAGGUAACGAGCUGAGAUUAGGAGCACACUCUUAAAGGGAGUGCUCCUAAUCUCAGCUUGUUACCUGUAUAAAAGACACCUGUCCACAGAAGCAAUCAAUCAAUCAGAUUCCAAACUCUCCACCAUGGCCAAGACCAAAGAGCUCUCCAAGGAUGUCAGGGACAAGAUUGUAGACCUACACAAGGCUGGAAUGGGCUACAAGACCAUCGCCAAGCAGUUUGGUGAGAAGGUGACAACAGUUGGUGCGAUUAUUCGCAAAUGGAAGAAACACAAAAGGACUGUGAAUCUCCCUCGGCCUGGGGCUCCAUGCAAGAUCUCACCUCGUGGAGUUGCAAUGAUCAUGAGAACGGUGAGGAAUCAGCCCAGAACUACACGGGAGGAUCUUGUCAAUGAUCUCAAGGCAGCUGGGACCAUAGUCACCAAGAAAAACAAUUGGUAACACACUACGCCGUGAAGGACUGAAAUCCUGCAGCGCCCGCAAGGUCCCCCUGCUCAAGAAAGCACAUAUACUUGCCCGUCUGAAGUUUGCCAAUGAACAUCUGAAUGAUUCAGAGGAGAACUGGGUGAAAGUGUUGUGGUCAGAUGAGACCAAAAUGGAGCUCUUUGGCAUCAACUCAACUCGACGUGUUUGGAGGAGGAGGAAUGCUGCCUAUGACCCCAAGAACACCAUCCCCACCGUCAAACAUGGAGGUGGAAACAUUAUGCUUUGGGGGUGUUUUUCUGCUAAGGGGACAGGACAACUUCACCGCAUCAAAGGGACGAUGGACAGGGCCAUGUACCGUCAAAUCUUGGGUGAGAACCUCCUUCCCUCAGCCAGGGCAUUGAAAAUGGGUCGUGGAUGGGUAUUCCAGCAUGACAAUGACCCAAAACACACAGCCAAUGCAACAAAGGAGUGGCUCAAGAAGAAGCACAUUAAGGUCCUGGAGUGGCCUAGCCAGUCUCCAGACCUUAAUCCCAUAGAAAAUCUGUGGAGGGAGCUGAAGGUUCGAGUUGCCAAACGUCAGCCUCGAAACCUUAAUGACUUGGAGAAGAUCUGCAAAGAGGAGUGGGACAAAAUCCCUCCUGAGAUGUGUGCAAACCUGGUGGCCAACUACAAGAAACGUCUGACCUCUGUGAUUGCCAACAAGGGUUUUGCCACCAAGUACUAAGUCGUGUUUUGCAGAGCGGUCAAAUACUUAUUUCCCUCAUUAAAAUGCAAAUCAAUUUAUAACAUUUUUGACAUGCGUUUUUCUGGAUUUUUUUGUUGUUAUUCUGUCUCUCACUGUUCAAAUAAACCUACCAUUAAAAUUAUAGACUGAUCAUUUCUUUGUCAGUAGGCAAAUGUACAAAAUCAGCAGGGGAUCAAAUACUUUUUUUCCCUCACAACAUUUCAACGUGUGUGUUUUUGUCACAGAGCCAUCUAUGCCAAUGGAUGCUCGGGCGUAUUCCAACUCGUCCUCCAAGCUGGUGGUGAAAUGGUCGCCUCCCCUCAACCCUAACGGCAAUCUCACAUUUUACCUGAUCCGCUGGCAGCAGCAAGCUGAAGACAGGGAACUGUACCAACACAACUACUGCUCCAAAGGUCAGCAUUCCAACUCCUCCUCUUUCCCUUUCCCUUGUCUACUUUUCAUCUUUGUGCAUUAUCUCUCCUCCCCUAGUGUUAUAAUGCACUGUACACACCACAUCAUCCCUUUUCGUUUUUGCUUUCUUUGGUGAAUGCUGUCAUUCGCUAACGGGUCCUAUUCCCCUCCCACUCUCAACAAAAGAGCUGAAGAUCCCCAUUAGAAUCUCAGCCACGGGGUUGGCAGACAUGGAGGAGGACACCAAGCCCACCAAGUCUGACCUGUCUGGGGGGGACAAGGGCCCCUGCUGCCCCUGCCCCAAGACCAAGGAGGACCUGAAGGCAGAGAUAGACGACGCAUCCUACCGCAAAGUCUUUGAGAACUUCCUGCACAACUCCAUCUUCACCCCCAGGUAGGUGCCAGGCAGCAGGCAGUCUCUCUCUAUGGUGAGAGAUAAUUCAACAGUGUGAUAUUAAAGCUCUGGCUAUAACCUCCCCCAUUUUUUGGACCAAACCCUUCUCUGAGACUGUAGAUUAUUAUCAAAGAGCUGAGCUCACAGUCUGGGUCCUGUUUGCUUUAAUAGCCCAGAGAGAGAUCCAGGAUCAGGAGGCAGUGGUGCUGUAAUUACCCAGCCCUGAGACUGGGACUGACAGGAUCUAAACAUCAUGAGGGUUUGGAGGGAGGCAGGGAGGGACGGAGGGUGUAGGGCUUCUGGGCUGUAGCUGUGUCAGAGGACCCUGCCUGACAGAGAGAAACAUGGGGAGCAGGAAUCCAAUGCCUGCUUACGGCACUUGUGGCUUUUCCAUCGCCAUGACGACGGCGGCAGCGGAUAUUAAGGCCUAGCAGGCUGUAAUUUAGGCAGCACAAACAAACCCGGGGAGAGGGAUCUGAUUAAUGAGUCUGAAGGGCCUGUGCUGUGCUCUGCUCGCUGGGCUGGCUGCACCCUUUCAGCCCGUUAGCCUUUUGUUUUCCAGAAUGGGGAAUGGCAUCUGUAUGGUGUUAUAAUUUUACCUUCUCAUGGUUACGGAUGCUUUACAGUUUCAAAGACCAACCCCUUCCCGCACACACACACUCAGUCUAUGUUGUACAUACAUAGACACAUACACAGAUGUACUCACUGUUUUUUGAAAUUGAUAAUUUUUCAGGGUAAACUCAGGCCACUUGUUUCUCCAUACCAGAUGGCAGAUCAGGCCGUGUGUGUCUGUGUGUCUGAGGUGAAUGAGUGCAUGAGCGAUAUUGUGUUUGUGUACCCAGUGUAUUCAGGGUACAGGUUUGCGUAUUCACUGAAUUAGUACCAUUUCAUCGCAAAACAAAUUGAAUGGAAAACAAAUUCUAAUGCACUCGUUACAUUUUUUACAUUUUAGUCAUUUAGCAGACGCUCUUAUCCAGCGCGACUUACAGUUAGUGAGUGCAUACAUUUUCAUACUGGCCCCCCGUGGGAAUCGAACCCACAACCCUGGCGUUGCAAACUUCUCUGGUGCUUGACAAAUUCCAAUUCUUGCCCUGAUCCCAGCCUGCUUAGUACAGUGUAUGCUCUUCAUCACCUGCUGUGCUAAGCUCAUGCAUUUAUGUAAUGUUAUGAUGCCCUUUCCUUCGCCUCUGUGAUGCUCUUUUUCACAGUAUUAAAACAAAUGAUGUCCUCCUUGGAAAACUAACAAUAAAACAAGUACUAUUGUAACUAAUUGUUUUCAUUCACUCUCUCCCCCAUGCCUCUGUGACUUUGUUGAUUUGUUAUAGUUGUCUAGGAAACCGAGGAGUGCCAGGUCAUCUGGCCUGCCGCUAAGGGCUUUGCUUGUGUAUGCACAGGUACUCCACCACAACAGAGCCAGCAUUAUCACAAAACACUCUAGGAAAGUGCCUCUGAUUUAGUGAAAGUUUUUUUUUAAAGUCCAGGGUUUAGAGAGAAGGGGGAAGGGAGCGGGGAAACAGAAACAGAGAGAAGAGGAAAUAUUUUCCAUUCUUUCACCCUCCUCGCUGCUCUCACAUGCUCUCUUAGUCCGCGGCGUGGUUCGGAGUGACCGGCUGCCAGGAAAUGUACAGAGAAGCCAUCUGGAAUUCAAAUGAAUGAGGAGAGAAAGGGAAGAUCCCCUUAGAGCUGGCCAGACCAGUGAACACCAUUCAGCAAGACAGACUGACUGGCUGGAGAAGUAGAGGAGAGUAGUCAGGGGACAGGGAUGGGUGACAACCUAUCAGAUUCACUGACUGGACAUCAGCUGAUUGGGUUGUUGCAACCAUGACAUCACCUAACUCAUGAUGGACACAAACAGAAUGACAUUGAGAAGUACAGCAAAGGUUCCUGUGUUUUUCCUGUUGUUGGCAGUUGGCACUGCCCUUACCAUCUGGUUAUCACCCUGUGUGUCCUUCAGAAAGCACUCACCAUCACAGCUGUGCUUUCAUACUGUACAUGAGCAUGAAGUAGAAAAGAGUAUCCUUUCUCUGGCAUGAGAGCCUACUAUGUUCAGCUGCUUUGGUAAAAGAGUACCGUUAAAUCACGCUGUUCUGGCUCCAGACAGAGGGUGCAGUCAUGUCCCUCUUAGGAUCCCUCGCACAGCGUAAAGGUGAGAAAGAGGGAGGUCUUUUUUUUAGGAGGGGAGCUGGAGAGGGAGUACACCAGCUGCAGUCAGCGGCGCCUGGUUAGAAGGUCACGCUUCAGCUUCAGUCCUCUGUCUAUAGUUCAUUUGAGGACAGGUCUGCUUUGCUCUGCUCUGCACUGCAACUCUCUGGCAACCCAGCCAUCUGUCCCCUCUCCUGGGCAAAUUGGCACACGGGGGUGUCUACCCAUCACCCCUCUCAUUCAUCUUGGGGCGACCCAGUCUUCAAUGGCAGGCUGUCUCGUGCUCCCUUCCAUGCACUUGUCUCUUAUACAAGAUGUUCAUUAAAGCUCUGCCAGUCCUCAGUGCUGUUGUGUAUUGUUAAUAGUAACUGAUCGUUUUGGAGCGCAGUGGACCGUGGACUUUGCUGGAGCAGAAAAAACUGUCCGAAUGGAAUGUUGAUAGAGGUGUGCGAUGGCUACUAUUUUCUUCCCAUAGAUUUGUGUGCCUGUCGGUCGGCUGUGUUUUUCCACUCACCGUAAAUACUAUUUUCCUGUGGGUGCCCGGUCAGUCUCAAGGUCUUUUGUCACCUGCUCAUAUUUGUCAUUUUUCAGAGGAAUAGUUCUGAGAGGACAUUGGCUUUGUACAGUAUUUCUGAACGUCUAGAUGCUGGAAUGGAAAAUAAAGCAGAAACAACAUUCUCUUGUAUUCCUGAGUGAACCCUGCUGGCCUGUACUGUUAGGUGGAGUUAGAGAGGGAUACUCAGGAGAUCAGUCAUUUCAGACACACUCAUCUGUCACAGUCACUUUCAUUCACUAAUUAAUUUAUCUCUCCUUAAAGACUCUUUACAUAUUUACUUUAUCUUGUUCAUGUGUACUGUAAAUACCCUAUGAAUCUAAAUAUGUUCUGGAUUCGUUGUUGUUUGAGCCAACAUAUACACAGCACAUCCCACCACUGUCAGACAGUCCUGUAUUCUCCUUACCUCAGUUGACUGCACUGUGGGCUGACUGCACAGGAGGCUGCUGAGGGGAGGAUGGCUCAUAAUAAUGGCUGGAAUGGACUCAUUGGAAUGUAGAGCGUCUGCUAAAUGACUUAAAUGUAAAUGUAUCAAACACAUGGUUUGAGUUCGAUACCAUUCCAUUUAUUCCGUUCCAGCCAUUACUAUGAGCUCGCCCUCCCCAAUUAAGGUGCCAUCAGCUGCCUGUGGCUGACUGUUGAAUUCUUUCAGAGACCCAGAGAGAGCCAGUCGUUACACGUCUCCUAAAGGUGACUCUAGGUAAGGUCUGCUCCUCUCGGUAUCGGCACAGCGCCCCGUGUGUUGUGGAGUCCCAGUGGCCCCGCCUAGUAGUGUCUGGUGAGCUGCUGCUGCUACCGCUGCCUGCAUGUUGUCAGUGGCUCCAGCCAGGAUCCACUUGCAGCCAGCUGGCUCUCCAGCUUCUGUGGCUCACACCAUCAUCCUCCUCAUCAUCCUCAUGAUUGUGUUUACAUCCAUCUCCAUCACUCCAUGAAAGAGGGUUGCAGUCCUGUUGCAGGUUCUCGUGUUUGCUCUUUUUGACGAAAUGUACCAUUUGAUUUCGUGUUUAUUGCUUUAUUUGCCUUAUUUUUGUAUCAUGUGAAAAACGCCUCUCUGUGCAUCAAACAGGUGGUCAUUAUUCUCCCAUAACUUUCUCCUGAAAAGUGCAUUUGUCCUGUGGAUGAGGACAUGUAGGCUAACAGAGUCAGUAGGGGUCUGUAUGGACAGGCAGGGUGCUUACAGUGUGUGGAUGUGUGCUCUCUCUACACCUCUGUCCCACCUCUCUGACCUCAUCACACCACACAGCUCCACAGGGAGUAGAACACUGCAGCUGGACAGACACACUGCAACAACAAAUAAAACCAGGCCACUUCAACAUACUGUACUCUACUCUCAGUUAAAUUGUAUCCCACUGGAAAUUGUCAUUUUACUGCUUGAUAGUACUUAUUACUACUUCUUAUUCCCAUACUAUAUUCCUGUAGAGGACCCCACCCUGUCUAGUGAGGUUGAAGGGGAUGCUUUUGCUCAGUGUGACUCAGUGUCAAUGACAUUAUGUGGGCUGUGUAUGAAGGCUACAGUAUACUGUAUGGACAAUAUGGUGUUCCAGAGGAUAUUACUGCAGAGAUUCUCAACUGGUGGGUCGCGAUCAGGAGGUUUUGAAUGGGUCACAGGUGUAAAAUAAUAUAAUUUGUUUGUUUUUUUAACUGCAAGAAAGUGUGUAGAAAUAAUAAUGAACUUACAUUUCUUUCUAAUUUAAUCUCAGAAUGUUUUUUAUUCUAUCACAGUAUUUUCAAUAUAGAUCUAUUAGCAGCCCUAUUUUAGUUGAUUUUGUGCUCUCAAACCAGGGAGUCUAUUAACAUUCUUCAUCAAGAAUAUGGGAAUGAUUUCAUUAUUGACGAUGAAAGAGGUGGAAUGUUGUUCCCUUGUCAUAUAAUUGCUACAUUUACUAUCAAUAUAGCUUUAAAAAUAGUUUUACAGAUUGUAUUUUUCGCGAUGUGAAUAUUGGGUCGCGACGGAGACAACCUUGUCCAAUUUGGGUCCCGAGGCAAAACCAGUUGAGAACCACUGUAUUACUGUAUGGCUAGCUGACUUCAUAUUCCCUUCCCUUCUCUCCUCUUUAACUGUGCCUCAGCUCCCUUCCAGAGAAGCUGAAAGCCCACACAUCUUCUCCACUCCUCCUUCUCCUCAACCUUAGGAUAAGAGACAAUGUCUUUCUUUGCCGCACAUGUGCCUUUUCUGCUACAGUCAGUCAGUGGGUCUCUCUCUCUAACAUUUAUUUAUGCAACCCCCUUUGUCCUUCAGACCCCCUGACCGGCGGCGUAGGGAUCUAUUUGGUGUGGCUAACGGCACCUUGGCGCGGGGUGGCAACACCACAGGCCUGGAGGGUAAUGGGACGGACGGAGAACCCCCCGAGAGGGAGUUCCCCUUCAUGGAGGACCGGAGCAAGACAGAGUUUAUAGAGAUCCCCAACCUACAGCCCUUCACUGUCUACCGCAUCGACAUCCAUGCCUGUAACCAGGAGGUCCGCCGCUGCAGUGCUGGAGCCUUCGUCUUUUCCAGGACCAAACCUGCAGGUGAGGCAGUCACACACACAGACACAGACGACGCUAGACACAAAGGCUUCAACAACAACACCUUCAAAUCGAAAUCAAAUCAAUUUUUAUUUGCCACAUGCGCUGAAUACAACAGGUAUUACAGUGAAAUGCUUACUUACAAGCCCUUAACCAACAAUGCAGUUUUAAUAAAAAAUAUUAAAAAGUGUUAAGUAAAAGAUUGAUAAGUAAAAAACAAAAAUAGCUAAUAAUUCAAGAGCAGCAGUAAAAUAACAAUAGCGAGGCUAUAUACAGGGGGUACCGGUACAGAUUCAAUGUGCGGGGGCACCGGUUAGUCGAGGUAAUUGAGGUAAUAUGUACAUGUGAGCAGAGUUAAUGUGACUAUGCAUAGAUAAUAAACAGAGUAGCAGCAGCGUAAAAGAGGGGGUGGGGUGGGGGGGACAAUGCAAAUAGUCCAGGUAGCCAUGAUUAGCUGUUCAGGAGUCUUAUGGCUUGGGGGUAGAAGCUGUUAAGAAGCCUUUUGGACCUAGACUUGGCGCUCCGGUACCGCUUGCCGUGCGGUAGCAGAGAGAACAGUCUAUGACUAGGGUGGCUGGAGUCUUUGACAAUUUUUAGGGCCUUCCUCUGACACCGCCUGGUAUAGAGGUCCUGGAUGGCAGGAAGCUUGGCCCCAGUGAUGUACUGGACCGUACGCACUACCCUCUGUAGUGGCGGUGAUGCAACCAGUCAGGAUGCUCUCGAUGGUGCAGCUGUAUAACUUGCCCUCUUCACGACUGUCUUGGUGUGUUUGGACCAUAAUAGUUUGUUGGUGAUGUGGACACCAAGGAACUUGAAGCUCUCAACCUGUUCCACUACAGCCCCGUCGAUGAGAAUGGGGUCAUGCUCAGUCCACUUUUUUUCCUGUAGUCCACAAUCAUGACCAUGGCCAUCUGCAUAGUGUUAUUGUUCUAGGCUCAUUGUGCCUCUUUGGAAAUGGCCAAAAAAAAAAGCCAUCUGAUAUGUAGUGUCUGUGUCUCUGCCCAUCAGACAAAGCGGAUGACAUGCCAGGCAGGGUGAUCCAGGAGAGGGAUGAAAAGGGGGAUGGGUCGGUGCUGCUGAGAUGGCCGGAGCCUGUCAACCCCAACGGUCUCAUCCUGAUGUAUGAGAUUAAGUUCCGCCAGGGCACCGAGGUGAGUCUGUAUGGGCCAGGGCCCCUGAGGCCCCUGGGAGUUCUGCAGGGCCUCAACCCCUCAACCCACUGUGGCACUCAGACAUCAGGUUGACACUUUGUCUGUGUAUGUGUGUUUUCCAGCCUGAGAAACAUGAGUGUGUGUCACGCCAGCACUACAGAGUGCACAAAGGAGCUCGUCUGACCAACCUGGGCUCUGGGAACUACUCUGCCCGCGUGCGUGCCACCACCCUGGCAGGAAACGGGUCCUGGACUGAGCCAGUGUCCUUCUACGUGACCCCACCCAAUCGUAUGAAGAACACAUGCAUUUCCUCAUAAAAAAGCCUUUUAUAUGGAUGAUUUUCAUGCUCAGAAAUUCUAUUGGUGUUAAAUCCUCGUUUUCUCAUUGGUCAGAUUUGAAUAGUUGUUCUGUUAUCAUCUUGUUGCAGGGGACUACGACAACACGUUCUAUCUGGUCAUCAUCAUCCCCAUCAUAGUGAUAAUCCUUAUCACCAGCCUUAUCACUGCACUCUUCUUUAUCAACAAAAAAAGGUAACUGUAUCUCUGUAACAAAAUGUUUGACUAGUGCGAUAUUAAUCCGUUGAAUAAUAUAAUAGUGCUAUUGUGAUCAUUUUCCUGCCUUAGGCAGUUCAUAAGAUUGUUGGCUUUUCUGCAGAAUGAACGAUCCCAUUUAUCUGUUGCCGAAGCUGCCUUCACUGGCUCACACAGAUGUGUUUGUGUCCACAGGAACAGUGACAGGCUGGGGAAUGGUGUCCUCUAUGCUUCUGUCAACCCUGAGUACUUCAGUGCUGCUGAGAGUAAGAACCAUCUGAACACCUACAGUAUCAUUUUAAAUGCAAAAUGUCCCACUUUGUCUCUGACUGUCCUCUCCUCCUGUGUUCAGUGUAUGUUCCAGAUGAGUGGGAGGUGGCCAGGGAGAAGAUCACCAUGCACAAGGAGUUGGGCCAGGGUUCCUUUGGCAUGGUGUACGAGGGCCUCGCUAAGGGCGUGGUUAAAGACGACCCAGAGACACGCGUGGCCAUCAAGACGGUCAACGAGUCGGCCAGCAUGAGGGAGAGGAUAGAGUUCCUCAAUGAGGCUUCUGUCAUGAAGGAGUUCAACUGUCACCAUGUGGUGAGAGAGACAGAGUCCAAAACACCAGUUUAACAUCAGGGACAUUGGCUCAGAAACACUAGCUUUGAGUGAUGAGAUCAUUGCUUCAAUUUCACAGAGGUUCAAGGUAAGAAACAAAGGGCCUCAGGCAGAGAAUGCUGCAUAGGGUCGGAGACACCUGGCUGGCUGCUGAGGUCAGAGGUCAAAACCAGGGCACACUACCCAGGGCACAGGAAGCUACACAGGGAGCUGCAGUAAAAUUCCAGUAUAACCUGAGGCCAGCUGUAACUGUGUGAUCUGAGACCUCUGUGCUCUAUCACAGCCGAAUCCUCAUUAAUUCAGCUAAACGGAAAUGUUAAGGAUUUCCCCCUUGGAAAGACUCUGUUACAACCUUUCAGCAUGUCUUGGUGAUUAAAAGCCAAACACUUAAUUAUUAAGCUCAAUUUGAAUAAUUUAGAGGCAAGGAGGAGGUUUUUUUCCUGCUUUCCUCAAAGCUCCACAGUAGUAUUAGUUAAGAGGAGCCAGAGUAGUUUCAAAAGCAAGAACAUUCCACAUCAUUUCAGUCACUUAGGGAAUAUUAGCACUUAGAAAUCUGUUUCUUGCCCAAAUGUUUCAGAAGGAAUACUACACCAACGAGAAUUAUUUGUACCCUGACACCAUCUCUGUGCUGUGUUCUGAUUGGUGUAGGUGCGGCUGCUGGGCGUGGUCUCUCAGGGACAGCCCACCUUGGUGAUAAUGGAGCUGAUGACCCGUGGAGACCUGAAGAGUCACCUGCGCUCGCUCCGUAAAGAGGUAUGUACAUUACUCCUCCUGCUCUUUCUAACAUAGUCUCUCACAGAACUCAAGUCUAUGUGUCAGUACAUUAAUCAUGUAUUAAUACGGCGCACACACACACACACACCUCCGUCAGUUGGUCUCUCACAUUGUGUGGUGUGCCCUGGCCAUGGUUCAGUGCUGCAGACAGCAGGGAGAAGGAGGUUGGAGGGAGAGACUGAAUGGCCUGCUUGUGCUCACGUCUCUGCCUCUUUGCCACAGAACUCGUCCAGCCAGGUUCUGCCCCCUCUGAAGAAGAUGAUCCAGAUGGCAGGGGAGAUUGCGGACGGCAUGGCAUACCUCAAUGCCAACAAGUUCGUCCACAGAGACCUGGCUGCCAGGAACUGCAUGGUGGCGGAGGACUUCACCGUCAAGAUCGGAGGUGAGUGCCUUAAAAUACAGUAUUACUUCUACUCCCCCCUGUUUGUUUAAUGCUAAACUCCCUCUGCUGUACUCCAAAGUAAGUAUUUUGAGAUCACUUAGUGCUUGAGGGGGAGGAAUAGCUUGUAGAUCUAAAUGGACAGAAUAGGAGAGGUGAGGGAAUGGAUUAGGCCUCAUGAGCAUCCUCUCCCUCAAAUUAGUGGGAUAUUUAGUGGCCACUCAAAAUUCUCUUCUCUUCUUCUCAGACUUUGGCAUGACGCGAGACAUCUACGAGACGGAUUACUAUCGGAAAGGAGGGAAGGGCCUUCUGCCAGUCCGCUGGAUGUCCCCAGAGUCGCUGAAAGACGGAGUGUUCACCACAAACUCUGAUGUC